AUGUUGGCUUCUAGAUAUGGUCUUUCCAAAGCGUACCCGCUUCUCACCGGCUCCAGGCUUUUGGUACACUGGCAAUCAAUGUCGAAACUAUGCGACGGAGUUUCCGCCGCGAGACACAGCUGGACGGACUGUCUCGGUUUUGGGGCUCCGGCCUUAUUCUUUAUCGGUUACUGGGAACGGUUUGGACAGCAACUUGAGUAA